GAUCCCAUGAAGGCCACCACCGAGGCGACGCUAGCGUACGCAACAGGUGUCUUACCCGGUCCCAGGCCACCAUCGUCCCCCUACCCAAAAACCAAACCUGAUCUGUGCAGCUUGGCCACCCUUACCCUCCGGCUGAAGCAUCAGCCAGCGGUUCCACUCUGUCCCGCGAAUGUGCGGGUGCGGGGCGUGUAGACGUGAACAGAAGCGGGCGGAAAUGCGUUUGCGCCAACGUAAAGGGGAGCCGGCGAAAAAGAGCGAAAUCUCGUAGAUAUGAAGGAAAUGAGUCUGCGGAUUCAGGAUCCCAAAAAACAAAAAUAUCAGAACGGUCAAAUUUACAGGAUCUAUUCGGGCCGGCUAAAUACCUCCGUCCCGCAAACCGGCAUUUAUUUUGCCGGAUUGACCGGUUUGCGGGAUCUGCAGAUACCAGAGAUGCUCUUACAACCCAUGUGCCGUGGACAGGAACACCUCGCUAGCAGGUCGCCUGGCUCGGAUCGUUUAACUUUUCUUUUUGAGAUCGAGAACUAUAGGCUCUCCUCAACCCUUACCCAUCGCUCAAUCCUCGCCUCUUCCUCCAUAUAUUAAAUAAAAGCAAAUAAAAUCUCUCCCCUCUUUCCCGGCUUAUCUCCAAAAUCCAGCACCGAUAGAUCCUCACCUUUCUUCUCCGAGCCACCUUGGCUUGCCCCUCGUCCUGCAACGUCGGGUCGACCUCACCAGCCCCCUGCUCUCGAGCCACCUCCCGUAGGCCGAUGCGGGCUGGGCGGAAGCGGCAGCGUCAAGACGGAGCGUGGUGACAGCAUCCUGCGGCACUAGAUCCACAGCAGAGAUGGUAAAGAUUCAAGAUGCCUCCACGUCCUCUGGGCCAGCGAUGGAUGAUCCUGAUGCUACUUCCCUUGAGGCAGCGAUGCAAGUUCCUAUUACUGUCAUGCUGGGGCCCAUGGGACCCCUCCUCCGGAGACUCCAUGCGCUCAUGGCUCCCCGACAGAGUCUCGCGCUAGCUCUGCUCAGCGCGGAUGAUAUCCGCCUUCUCAAUGAUGGUCUCAAGGAUUUAUGCAUCUCCCUAAAGAAUAUGUCAGAAGACGAGGAGGCUAGCUUCACCAAUCGGUGGUGGAUGAAGAUAGCUCGAGAACUUUGUUAUGACGCGGAGGAUCACCUGGACGAGGUCGUCAGAGCCAGCGCUCAUCUCGAUUUUUCAGAAUUACUUGCUCGGGUGAAGGAUGCGAAGGAAAGACGUGAACGUUUCAAGUGGUUUCCUCUCAAAGUCAUCGAACCAGCUGACACUGACAGUGGGGAAGUCGGAGUCAGCCGCCUCACCUCCCAAAUGUCUCCAGAGCUGCCAGCUCCCAUGUGUGUCGAUGUUGACACGGGCAUUGCCCGUAGCACAGUUGGUGCUGUGGAGCUGCCAAACAAGCUUCUCGAGCUGCUGGCUUUAGACGACGACAACAAGACAGGUCUCAAGGUGAUACCUAUAAACGGAUGUGCAGGUGUUGGAAAGACAACAGCUGCCAGAGGCAUGUAUCACAGGCAUGGAGGGAAAUUUCAGUGUCGGGCUUUCGUAAUCGUCUCACGGAACCCAGAUAUGAGGAGGUUUCUCACUAGCAUGCUCUCACAGGUAAAGGCACCACUGCUCAUUGGCUUUCCUGAUGUACCGGACCUUAUUGAUGCUAUCAGAAAACAUCUGCAAGGCAAAAGGUACUUCAUUGUAAUUGAUGAUUUAUGGACCGCAUCAGUAUGGAAUAUUAUUAGCCGUGCUUUUCCACGUGGUGAUUAUUGCAGCAGAAUAAUAACAACCACACAACUUGAUGAUGUAGCAUUGGCAUGCUGCAGUUAUGACUCAGACCAUAUAUAUAAGAUGGCACCUCUUAAUGAUCACCAGUCUAGAAACUUAUUCUUUGGUAGAGUGUUUGGCUCUGAAGAUGCAUGUCCAACAGAUAUCAAAGAAGAUUCGUACAAGAUUAUCAGGAAAUGUGGUUGUUUGCCAUUAGCAAUUGUAAGUAUAGCUAGUCUGCUGGCAAGCGAAUCAAACAUCGCAAGGGAAAAGUGGAAACACAUACAAGAUUCUUUGUCGUCCACUUCCGAAGGGAUGAAAGAUCUUGUCAGCCUUAUGUACAACAGUCUUCCACCUCGUUUGAGGACAUGCUUGCUAUAUCUGAACAUGUAUCAACAGGGCUACGUGAUCAAGAAGGAUGUGUUGGUGAAGCAGUGGGUCGCUGAAGGUUUUCUCAAUGCCGUGGAAGGGCGAGACACAGAAGAAAUUGCUGAGGGUUACUUUGAUGAGCUUGUCAGCAAAGGAAUGGUCCAAGCCGUGGACACCAGUACUAACGGCGAGGUGUUGUCAUGUACAGUUCACCAGAUUGUACUGGAUUUUAUUAGGCACAAAUCCAUGGAGGAGAAUUUUGUCAUCACUGUGGACUAUUUUCAAUCAACUGUAGCACUUCCUGACAAAGUUCGCCGGUUGUCCGUCCAGUUUGGAGGGGUAAAAAGUGCAUACAUACCGGAAAGCAUUGUAACAUCCCAAGUUCGAUCACUUAUAUUUUGGGGUUUCGUUGAGUGUGUACCUUCCAUUACAGACUAUGGACUUCUGCGAGUUUUGAUUCUUCAUAUUUGGGCUGAUGAAGACAACGAGAGUUUUGACCUCUCUGGAAUGGGGGAGCUUUUUCUUCUCAAAUAUCUCGAGAUUGAAUGUAAUAUCACCGUCAAGCUUCCAGACAAAGACAAGAUUCAAUGGCUGCAACACUUGGAGACAUUGCAAGUUGAUGCAAGUUUAUCUGAAGUUCCAUCAGAUAUUGUUAAUAUGAAGAGAUUACUGCACAUCCGCCUUCGGAGCGAGUAUAUUUUGCCCAGUGUAGCUGCCCACAUGACAUCUCUUCGCACUCUGGGGUAUUUUGAUAUCGGCAGUCACUCAGAAGAGAAUGUAUUACAUCUUGGUCGGCUGACCAAUCUUCAGGAUCUUCAGCUCACAUGGUCUACAGUGGGGCCAGCAGAAAAACUGGCAAAGAAUGUGCAACUCCUAACUAGAAGCAGCAAGACCGACACCGGGACGCCAUCCCGGGUGCCCAGCGGGAUGCUGACCUGA